AAUUCUGCGGCAUCUAAAGAAUUCCUAGCCCCACUUUGGGGCUGAAUAUCUCUCUGCAUUAUGCGGGCUAGGGUUCCACUAGUUCUUUUUAGACACGAGUAAUUUAAGCAUAAAUAACUGGGCACUGGGAACAGGACCCUUACUAAUAAAAGCAUAGCCAGGAAUCAUGUUUGGAAAAAAAAAAAUCCAAGCCCUUCAGUGGGUGGAUGUAUCUGCAAAACAAAAGAAAAGCCCCUUUCUCAGCCUAGGCAGAGAAGUCUCCUGUACAGUUGGAGACAACAGGCUUCUGGGCAAGUAGCCAAGGUUCUGGGGAUAUUUAUAACUUGAAGAGGGUGGGAGUCCCCAUUAAGCUGCUAUAUUCUUUUUCCAUCACUUCCCUCUCCAAGACUACAGCGAGCUCAAAGCUCUUCCCCCACGCAGAAUGCCUGCUUUGCCUAGUGCUCGACUUCCAUUGUCUAAUUCCCUCAUCCUGGCUGGGGAAAGGGAAGGCUGCAAGUUCUUCCGUUCCGCGGAACUCCAGAUGAAUACAGCUCAGCCGCUGGUGGUGUUUUUAAAGCCAGCUGCUGUGGGAUCUGCCUCUGAGCCUGUGGUUUCUCUGAGCGCUCUGAGAGUCUAAGGUCUUUGGGAUCAGCCUACGAUUUCUGGGCUUUGCCUGCAACUCUGCGGAUUCCAGAUAUACCUGCGGGACUGAGAUCUCCGGGUCCAGUGAUCUCUAGAAUCUCUCUGAAUAUCAGAGGUCUGAGAGAACUAUCUGCGGUUUGAGGAUCAGUCUGAGGCCUCUUGGAUCUUGCAGCCGGCCAUAUAGUGGAUCUUUUGCUGGUCAGGAGCACUGCCUUCUUGCUGCUUUUCCUGCUCUCCCGGGAGGCGAACCCUUGAGCCCGAGAUGGCAGCCACCCUGCUCAUGGCUGGGUCUCAGGCACCUGUGACAUUUGAAGAUAUGGCCAUGUACCUCACCCGGGAAGAAUGGAGACCUCUGGAUCCUACACAGAGGGACCUCUACCGAGAUGUUAUGCAGGAGAAUUAUGGAAAUGUUGUCUCAUUAGAUUUUGAAAUCAGGAGUGAAAAUGAAGUGAAUCCAAAGCCAGAGAUUAGUGAAGAUGUAGAAUUUGGGACCACAUCUGAAAGAGCUGGUGGAAAUGCUGAGGAAAAUCCUGAAAGUGAAGAGACCUUUGAAAGUGGAGACAGGUCAGAAAGACAGUGGGGAGAUUUGACUGCAGAAGAGUGGGUAAGCUAUCCUCUCCAACAAGUCACCGAUCUGCUUGUCCACAAAGAAGCCCACACAGGCAUCCAAUAUCACAUAUGCUCUCACUGUGGGAAGGCUUUCAGUCAAAUCUCAGACCUCAACAGACACCAGAAAACCCAUACGGGAGACAGACCCUAUAAAUGUUAUGAAUGUGGAAAGGGUUUCAGUCGUAGCUCCCACCUCAUUCAGCACCAGAGAACACACACUGGGGAGAGGCCAUAUGACUGCAAUGAGUGUGGGAAAAGUUUUGGAAGAAGCUCUCACCUCAUCCAGCACCAGACAAUCCACACUGGUGAGAAACCUCACAAAUGUAAUGAGUGUGGGAAAAGUUUCUGCCGGCUCUCCCACCUAAUUCAGCACCAACGGACCCACAGUGGGGAGAAACCAUAUGAGUGUGAGGAAUGUGGGAAAAGCUUCAGCCGGAGCUCUCACCUCGCUCAGCACCAGAGGACACACACAGGUGAGAAGCCUUACGAGUGUAAUGAAUGCGGCCGAGGCUUUAGCGAGAGGUCCGAUCUCAUCAAACACUACCGAGUGCACACAGGUGAGAGGCCCUACAAGUGUGACGAGUGUGGGAAGAAUUUCAGUCAGAACUCCGACCUUGUGCGACACCGCAGAGCCCAUACAGGAGAAAAGCCGUACCACUGUAAUGAGUGUGGGGAGAACUUCAGCCGCAUCUCACACUUGGUUCAGCACCAGAGGACCCACACCGGAGAGAAGCCAUAUGAGUGCAAUGCUUGUGGGAAAAGCUUCAGCCGGAGCUCUCAUCUCAUCACACACCAGAAAAUUCACACUGGGGAGAAGCCCUAUGAGUGUAACGAGUGUUGGCGAAGCUUUGGUGAAAGGUCAGAUCUAAUUAAGCACCAGAGAACCCACACAGGAGAGAAACCCUAUGAGUGUGUGCAGUGUGGAAAAGGGUUUACUCAGAGCUCCAACCUCAUCACACAUCAAAGGGUCCACACAGGAGAGAAGCCUUAUGAAUGUACCGAGUGCGAGAAGAGUUUCAGCCGGAGCUCAGCUCUUAUUAAACAUAAGAGAGUUCAUACCGACUAAGUCUUAUAAUUAUGAUGACUGAGAAAUUAUCCACUUGAAGGUACAGUUUUAUUUGCAAUCAAUGAGCUUCCUUAUAAUGGAGCUUCCUUUACUGACUAUCCUAGCUGUGAGUCACAAUUUCAAAUAUCAAAGAGGACAAUCUUUCUGAAAUUCUGACCCACCUCCUUCAAAAUAAUAUUUUUGUUCACUCAAUAUUAAUGGAUUACUUCAUCACAUCAGCCCCACAAGUAGUUGGAUAUCUGAAGAUCAGGGGACAAAUGCUGGUUCAUGCUUAGGCCUGAACAUGGAGUAAAUCUAUUUCUCCCAGCCUUGGCCUUUCUCCUAAGCUCUGUUAAGAGAACUGUAAUAGGGUGGUCCCAGCUGCCUUGGGAAAAGGCAACAGACUUGGCCUGGCUUGACACACUUAGUCACACACAGUAGCAGUUGGGCACACACACUUCUACUCCAAAGGGCUUUUUCCUUGAGUUGCUCACACUUUUGUAUCUUUUCAUCUUCCUGAGAGCAGGAUUCUGCAUGAUGAAGGCAAUGAUUAUAACUUUUCUCCUUCUCUUGUUUCUACUUGUGUAGAACUUGCAUCUUUGUGAAAGUUAACUGAAGAUACAGUGUGAAAGGAAAAAUGGGACACGGGUUUGAGGACCAAGGACCCAUCGGUGGUAGUGACUUUAGCAAGAGAUGCCCCUUGCUCUUAUUGUCAUUAAUUGUGUUUAUGAAAUGGAAGGGAACAUUGUAGGGAAAAUAUCUUCUGGGUAAGAUAGGACCAUACAUGAUACUGGAGUAAAAGGAACAAGUGGAAUUGACACCUUCGGGGAAGGAAGCACAGUCCUUUCCCAUGGGACAUGGGUCAUUUCUGGGUUUGUUCCAAUCUAAUCUUUAAGAUUUAUCCUCCCUGUACUGCUAACUCUAGGGUUUGAUAGGGCCACAUCUCAGUUUUUAAUCUUAGCUUGUGUAAGGGCAUGUAUGUACAGUGAAACGUGUAUCGGUUUUUUAAUAGCAGAAACUGAAUUCACAAAGAAUAAGCAUGUUCUUGGGUGAUGUGGGUCAUGUGACACAACUAACAGACAUAACUCCAAUGUGAGAAAUGUCCCUUUUUUCCAUUUGUUAUGGAAAAAAAUUAAACACUAGUGCUUGAGUGUGCACUCUCUUGUAAGGUUUGUCUUUGUGCAGAACUAAAGCACUUGUUUGUAUGCAUCCAUCAAUUGUGAAUGAUAAUGAGUGGACAAAUAGGUUGAUUGUCCUAUUCUCAGACUGAAUUGUGUUUUAUGGCAAUGAAGAGCUCAUUGGCAUGGUCAGCAGGAAUUAAUAAACCUAAAUAGGAGCGUAUUUCCACCCUUCCAGCCUACAAAUAUAAGUGGUUAAAAUAACUGACUCAGUCUCAGCCUCAUGAUGUCAGUUCUUCUUAUCUCUGCUUAAGGAGGAAUUAAUAUAUAUUCCAAAUGUGUUUAUUCAAACCUGUGGGGAUGGGAAGGAAUAGGUGCUGAGGAGCUGAGACUGAAGUAAGGACUAUAUUUUCUUUUGAAAGUGUCUUGAAUGUAUUUCUGCUGUGCUUUAUUGUGAAUGUUGUAACAUUUUAAAACUGGUUUGUUUUUUUUUCCAUAGCUCUUUGGAAUUUGGUGGUAAAGGAGCCAGUGGUAGUGUACCCAUAGUGAGUUGUUGUAACCUACAUCUGGGUGAAACUGUCUCACCUGCAAAUGACACAACCUCAAAAGACACAAAACAAAACAAAAACUCCAAGGAGGUGUCCUCAUAUUGCCACUCCUAUUUAAAUACAAACUUGGGGCAGGGAGCAUGUUUUUUUUUCUAUAUAAAAUCUAGCUAACUUCGGGUAUUCAUAUUUGAAUUACUUUGUGACAUACGUGUUCUCGGUAGCUAAACUCAAAUUUGUCUUCUGUAUCAGUGUUGCUGAUGGUAUUCAGGAAUGAAUUUCAAUGUUUUCCUAAUGCUUCUCUGAGCCUCUACAAGUGUCAGCUUGAGAGUGGCAACAGAAGACAUCUCUGUGACCUGAGUAUAUUUCAUCCCCUUUUCCUCUGCUGGUCUGCCCCAUCUCAGCCUGUUCCUGCUGCUGCGUUUUUUUUGUUGUUGGUUUUUUUUUUUUUUUUUUUUUGCUUCUUAGAGGGGAAAGGCUUAAGAAGAGAUUUCUGAGUCCUUCACCCCCUUCCUUCCAUACAUGUACACUCCGGCUGGGAAGUGUAAAGGGCAAAAGCCACAGCAGUCCUGUCUUCUCUUUCUGCUGAUUGCUGCUCAUUUGGUCUGCUGAGCUUCAUGUAGAAGUCAUGCAGCAGGGGCUCUUCGCUAAUGGUUUUCGCAUGCCGACUGCUCCCCGGUCCCUGCUUCUGCACAUAUCCCAAACGCUCUGUGCCUGUUUCCUAUGGUUGUGGAGAGUGAAUGAACAAGUAAGUCUAUAGAGCAGUUUUCCUUAUGGUAUUGGUCACAGUUAUCCUAGCGUCUAACUAUAUCUGUAUUAUUCUAACAAUAUUCUCUAAUUAAAAGUAUUAUUUUAAAAUCAAAA